CUCAGUGCUGCAAAGCCUCAUGCUCUGUCGGCCCUCUAGGUAGCUAAGUCGUGAACUCAACACCACUCUCUCUCCCCUCUGUCCUAACCUUAAGCACAGCGUUACCAACCAGCUUAGCUUGCACUGAUAUAUAGUCCGGUGCUAUGCACUCGCCUUGAACUUGAGGGGCCUCGGAAGCAGAGAUCUUUGCGUAGAGGGAGGACGAGUGCUUCUUCUUUGGGCAAAGCAACGACCCUGUAGAGUUCACUUCAGAGCUGCGCUGCCGGCGCCCAGAUUUGUAGCAGCCGCAACACCAACUCCCAAGCAAGCGGCACGCACUGACACGCCACAGCCGGCCAAUGUAUUCUUCUUCGCCUGCUUGGGAGAAGAGCAGCAAAGAAGAGGCGACGCCACUCUGUCAGAAGUUUCCACAGGCCCAGGACACCACACUGAUGGCGUCUUCUCCCUCCCCUGCCCAUCUCGUGCUCCUGCUCCUCGUUGCGCUUUUUGGUGGCUGGGCCACCGCUGCCGCGUCGGCGGCGAACGAGACGCAGAGGUUCCGGCCCGGCGAGGAGCUCCGGCGGUACAGGAGGGUGCAGGCGCUGCUCAAGAGGCUCAACAAGCCGGCUCUCCGGACGAUCCAGAGCCCCGACGGCGACCUCAUUGACUGCGUGGCGGCGCACCUGCAGCCGGCGUUCGACCACCCAAGGCUGCGCGGCCAGCGGCCAUUGGACCCGCCGGUGAGGCCAAAGGGGCACCACCGCCGGCCCAAUGAAACGGCGGACGCCGGCGUCCAGCUGUGGGCGGUGUCCGGCGAGUUGUGCCCGGAGGGGUCCGUGCCGAUCAGGCGGACCACGGAGGCGGACGUGCUCCGUGCCAGCUCCGUGAGGAGAUUCGGCAGGGCGCCCGCGGCCAGGGUGCGGCGCGACUCCGUCGCCGGCGGCCACGAGCAUGCGGUGGGCUACGUGGCGGGGGGCGAGUACUACGGCGCGAAGGCGAGCAUCAACGUGUGGGCGCCCAGGGUAAGCACACCGUCGGAGUUCAGCCUCUCGCAGAUCUGGGUCAUCGCCGGAUCCUUCGGCAACGACCUCAACACCAUCGAGGCAGGGUGGCAAGUGAGCCCGCAGCUGUACGGGGACAACUCCCCCAGAUUCUUCACCUACUGGACGACGGACGCGUACCAGACGACGGGGUGCUACAACCUCCUCUGCUCGGGGUUCAUCCAGACCAACAGCAGGAUCGCCAUGGGCGCCGCCAUCUCGCCCACGUCCGGCUACAACGGCGGCCAGUUCGACAUCAGCCUGCUCGUCUGGAAGGACCCGAACCACGGCAACUGGUGGCUGGAGUUCGGCUCCGGCGAGCUGGUGGGCUACUGGCCGUCGCUGCUGUUCAGCCACCUGGCGUCGCACGCGAGCAUGGUGCAGUUCGGCGGCGAGGUGGUGAACACGCACGCGUCGGGUGCGCACACGGCCACGCAGAUGGGCAGCGGCCACUUCGCCGGGGAAGGGUUCGGCCGGGCGUCCUACUUCCGCAACCUGGAGGUGGUGGACUGGGACAACAGCCUCCUCCCGCUCGCCGCCGGCUUCCACGUCACCGCCGACCACCCAAACUGCUACGACAUCCAGGGCGGCGUCAACGACGUCUGGGGGAACUACUUCUACUACGGCGGGCCAGGAAGGAACGUCAGGUGCACGUAGCAGGAGAGAUGCAUGGAUCAGUGCAGAGGAGGAUACUUUUUUUUUCUUGUUUUUGUUUUGGUUCCCAAGAAAAUCUACGGCCAAUCUUUGUUGGUCUUUUCUAUUCUUUUUUUUCCUUCAAAAAGGUUAAUUUCUCAAAUGGGAGAA